AUGCCCAGAAAGAGAACACGUUUGGCCACUAGCUAUCUCGACGAGGGAAAAAGAAAAAAAAUCCUAAAUGAAAGAUUGGCAUCCCUGUGUAAGAAAGCACACGAUCUUUCUAUUCUAUGUGAUGUAAAAGUGGCUAUAGUUUCUUUUAAUCCCGGAGAAACCGAGGUGUUUGCUUGGCCGUCUUUAGACGAGGCUAAGGCCAUAGUACAUGAUUAUUUAGCUUUCCCAAAUCUUGAAAGGCAUCCCAAGAAGGUAGUUAAACAUGUAGACUACCUUAAAGAUAUACUGAAACAACGGGAAGAAGAUAUCAGGAAAUUAGAGGAAAUCGCUGAGGAGAAAGAAAUGGAGAACCUCUUCAAUCAACUUUUCGAGGGAAAAAAAUCCUUCAAUGAAUUUAAUGUUAGAGAAAUGAAGGGUUUGCUAAAGUUAAUUGCUGUUAAGAGGGUUAAACUUGAACAGAGGAAGAUACAACUCAAUGAAAUCGUUACUAAUGACAACAAUGCUGGAGAAGAGAAGGAUGGACAUCCUUAG